AUGACCGAUAAAGCCAUAGAUCCUUCCAAGGCAGACGUCCUUACGCAUGCACUCGCUGGCGCUGCGGGAGGCGCCAUUUCCAUGGCGCUAACAUAUCCUCUAGUGGUUGUUACAACAAAGUUACAAGCACAGGAUUCAGAUUGCGAGAAAUCUCCGAAAACUUUGGCAGAGGCCGUUGAAUAUGUUUACGAGGAGCAGGGUUUGUUAGGCUUCUUUGCUGGUCUAGAAAGCGCCGUUUAUGGAAUGGCUGUUGCAAACUUUGUCUAUUACUACUUUUAUGAGUUAUCGUCCAGAUGCGUUUUGAGAAUACGGCAAAACAAAAGGCUGAACACAGGAGAAUCCAUGCUGGUAGGCACGAUUGCUGGAUCUAUGACUGCUUUUGCUUCCAAUCCCCUUUGGGUUGCCAACACCAGAAUGACAAUUUCGAAGUCCGAAAAAUCGACGCUUAGCACCAUAAUCGAGAUCAUAAAAAAUGAGGGUUUCCAUGCCUUAUUCAAUGGCUUGAAACCUGCUUUGGUACUCGUUGUCAAUCCAAUUAUCCAAUACACCGUCUACGAACAACUCAAAAAUGUGGUAUUGGAAGUACGUCGUAAAUCUACUAUUUCACCUUCGUGGGCAUUUCUACUGGGCGCCUUAGGAAAACUAGCUGCGACUGGAUCAACUUAUCCGUAUGUUACAAUGAAAACGAGAAUGCACCUUCUUGUCGACAGUGAGCUAGAGGGAGAAGGGUAUUCCAAGCCAACUAUGCUUGGCCUUAUGGCUGCUAUUGUAAGAAAGGAUGGCAUUGCUGGAUUAUACCGUGGUAUUGGUAUUAAGCUGGUCCAGAGUAUUCUAACAGCGGCAUUUUUGUUUUUUUUCAAAGAAGGCUUGGUAAUUUGGAGCAUCAGAGUGUUAAGGAUAUUCCGCCAAUUCAACAAGAGAAGACUUGCGUAA